CCUGUCUGCUUCACUUACAUCUCAACCUGAUUACUACAGCUGCUGGCACUGUGUGGAGUUGGGCUCUGUGAUCUUUAAAUGUGUAUGGUUAUAUUUGCUCCGAUUUUUGCCAUUUGUGCAUUUGCAACAUGUGGAGGAUACUAUGGUCAUCUCCAGGUUAGGGUGGACUGUGCAAACAAGAGGCAGAGCAACCUUACCAUCAAAAUUGAUUUUGGAUAUCCGUUCAGGUUACAGCAAGCGCACUUCAAGGCUCCAUUGUGUGAGGCAAAGCAAGAGGAGGUUAUUUUCCUGGAUGGCGAUUUUUCCCCAGCUGCUCAGUUUUUUCUCGCUGUGGGCGUCUUUGCUUUUCUGUACUCGCUCCUGGCAACGAUCGUUUACGUCUUCUACCAGAACAAGUACCUGAAGAACAACAGAGGCCCACUUGUGGACUUCGUUGUUACUGUCAUCUUUUCCCUCCUGUGGCUGGUCAGCAGUUGCUAUUGGGCCAAAACUCUUUCUGAUAUCAAGACUGCCACAAACCCAAGGCUGGUGCUUCUUCUCAUCUCGGCCUGUAGAGCUCAGGAAAACACAUGUGCAGCUACGCAGGAGCCUCUCUGGUCUCGCCUUAACACAUCUGCUGUUUUUGGUUUUGUUAAUGUUGUCCUCUGGUCAGGGAAUAUUUGGUUUGUGUUCAAAGAGACUGGUUGGUACAAGACUGGUCAGAGGUACCCGACCAGGAGUGCUUCAGGAAAACGCUCAAGUGAAAUGAGACAACGACUCUACAGCGAGAGCAGCUUUGACCAGCCAGAGGAGAGUUUUGGUCCCCUUAGGCAAGACAGUUUCCGUCAGUCGAAGGCGGAUUAUAGUAGGCGGCUCCAGAGACAAGCGAGUGUCAACCAGUCACAGGUCAGCUUUAAUUUACCACAAACAUAUCUUGGCAAAACAGUCCUUGAUGAAAGAGAGAAUAACAUGGCUUCUCAGGGGCCCAUGAUUUUUGUCAAUGAGAUUUGACUUUGAGUUUGAAUAUGUAAAAUACCACUGAAAUGUAUUAAUACAUCACAUUUUCAAAAAAAGUUAAGAAAACUGCUGAAACCAAACAAUAAAAAAAGCAUAAUAAAAAAAAUACAAGAAGGAACAUGUACACAAAUCAAAGUUUGGGAGCAAGUCAAGAGUAUUGAUCUGAUCGCCAUCUAUCAAUCCAUUAUGUAUACCUGCUUCAGCGCUUCGUCACAGAGGUCUGCUGGAGCCAAUCCUACUUUUCCUUGCGUGCAACCCAGUGGUAGUGAUCUGACCCCUAUACUGAAAAAUGUAAUUCAUCUUUUGGGCUUAAUUAUGAAUGGAAUUGAAUUGAAUUGAAUUGAAGUGAUGUCCGUUUUGUACUCAUUUAUUCCAUAAUUAAAUGUGCCACAAAGCACAAUGAUCCCACCAUUAGAGGAGCCCAGUGUACAAAUCAUUAUAUGAUUUCCACAGAAAUUAAAGCAAAAUUAGAAGUGUUAUAUUUUAUUACUACGAAUGGAUCCCCCUCCCGUAUGACACAUCUGGACUCUGGGACAUCGGUUUAUUUAAGGUCUAUCUAUAAGAGUCAACAAUAUUUCAUUUGUUAGCUAAAUACUUGUUUUAGCUAUAAAAAUGUAUCACAGCAUCUCAAAUCCAUGAAGCAAGUGAGAAACCUGUUAAUAGUUCAUGCUUUUAUUUGGACCUACACUCUAACUACACUUACAGUUUAUAUUCUGAAGUGUAAUGUACAGUAUGUA